AAAAAAACAAGAACAUAUUUUCUUUAAAGAAAAAGAAACCUGCCUUCAUCCUUGGAGGAAAACCCACCCUUUAUUGCUCUUCCUUGGUUUUUGAACUUUGUUUCCUGUUGCGCCCCUCUUGACUGUCUUACUCUGUGCUACCACACGUCCAUCGAGACGUUGGUUUGAACCGCCUCGGGAAGGCUGGAUUGGUCGCAUCGCACGGUACUCGACGCGCCUUACCAGUCAACACAGGUUCUUGAACGACUCGGUUCUAUCCAAUGCUGCGACAGUAAAGAGACCGUCAAGGUCGAAAAGCCGGAUCGAACCCCGGUGGCCCAAACCACAGUAAAAACAAGACAAAAAGGAAAAUACCCAAAAAAAAAUACAAAUCCCAUCAUGGGGUUGGAAUGGAACUCGGGCAUGCAGCUGGCCUGCGCCAUGUGGGCAUUAACAGCCAUGUCCCUAACUCUGGUAGCCCUGCGGCUGUACACGCGGAUCCGCAUCAUCAAGUUCGUCGGCGCCGAGGAUCACAUGUAUGCCUGGACGGGCCUGUUCCUGCUCCUCUUCACCUGCUCCAUCCAGGUCGGCGUGCACUACGGUCUGGGCCGCAGCUUCUGGAGCCUGGGGCUCGACGACUCCAGCAACGCCAUCUUUUGGACCUACGUCGCAAACACCUUUGCCAUCACGGGAAACGCCAUGGCCAAGCUCUCGAUGGGCCUCUUUCUGCUGCGCGUCGUGCAGAUCACCUGGCAGCGCAUCGCCCUCUGGGUCCUCAUCGCCAUCACCGCCGGCACCUCGAUCGCCCUCACCAUUAUGCUCUGGAACCAGACCACGCCCGUCAAGGCGAGCUGGGACCCGCUGCGGACGCCGGGGACUUGGAAUAUACAGAUCCAGCCGUUGAGUGUCGGACUUGGAGUUUGGUCGAGUGCUUGUGACUUCUUCUUUGCCAUCUUCCCGUGGCUGUUUAUCUGGUCCUUGCGUAUGCCGCAGAGGGAGAAGCUGAUGCUCGCCGGAGGCAUGAGUCUGGGUGUCAUCGCUGGAGUUUGCAGCAUCGUCAGGACGGUCGUUCUAUCCAAGCUCGAUGUAUUAAACUACACCUUGAACUUUGUCCCAUAUUUCGGCUGGGCCGGCGCCGAGAUCGCAGUCGCCAUGUUCUGCAUCGGCAUCCCAACCCUGCGACCACUCUACAUGAAGAAGCGUCACGGCGUGACGCACGAAACCGUCAGCAACAGGAACAGAAGCGGUCAGGCCCCGACCGGGCAAAGCGACGAUAGGCUGCCACGCUUCACCAUGAUCCAAACCAAACAAGAGAAGGGCGGCCUGGCCAACACGACCAACCCUUCCACGAUCCCUACAACCUCAACCACAUGCUCCUCCUCCGAGCACGACCUAGAGGCCAACAACUCCGCCCUCGACGACAGCAGGGUCCUGGCCGCGGCCGCAGCCGCCAUGUCCAAGCCGAUAGACCUAGAAAGCCGCGCCGCAUCCCCGGCGGGGAGGGACUACCACCACAACGGGCCGGUCAGCCCGACUACGCUGCAGGCGAUGAGGCUGGCCGCGUUCACACGCUUCCCCGACGCCGUGGGCCACAUGCAGCCGCCGGCGAGGCCCGUCGCGGCGCACGUGCGGAGCGUAUCCAACAAUGCAGUAUGGGGCCACGGCAGGCGGCGCGACGACGACGACGUCGGUGCCGGUACCGCCGUCGUCAGGCCGGCGACCUCGCACACCCGCAGCUACAACGGCAGCGUCGCGAGCAGCCACACCAGCCACGACAGGCUGCGGCGGGACGACAGCGUCGAUCUGAUCCUGGGCUUGUAUGACCACAACCAAAGGGCUCAGGGCGCGAGGCCGCCGAACGGGCCCCCCGGCGACAGGAAGGGGAUAUGGAUCACCAACGAGGUGCACAUCGGGAGGGAAGAUAAUAUCAACUGGCCAUUGAGGAGUUAA